UUGACAUUUACAAGAACCUACGCAUUAGCAUUUAUAAAUCAAAUUACCACUCAUUGCCUAACCGAACUCUUCACCCAUCCACUUAAACGACAUUUCUCUCUGGUACACAGGCACAAGUUAAGGAAUCAAAUCUUCCACCGUCACCCCCGAAUUCAAAAUUUCGCCGGCCGCUCUUUUUGACAUCUCCCGCGCGCGGCGAUCUUACGGCGUUCCAACAGGCCAGCACAGAGUACAGACCUCCUACCUCCCGGGCCUUGCAUCCGGCGGUGGUGGUGGUCCGCCGCGUGGUGGCGAGGCCCCUCCCGCUGAUAUAAGCCGCUCACUAGGCGCCGCCACACAGACAGUCACAGAGAGAGCAGCCGAGGCGAGCAGGAGCCGGCGCAACGAAGAUUUUCUGCUCCUUGGCCUACACGUAUCGUACACACAGAGCGCAGCAGUUUGUCGAAUCCAGUGCUCCACUGCGCCGGGAACAGUUCACCACAUACUCAGUACACGGAUCGAGAAGGAGGAGAACCUACAAACGUAGUCAAAAUGAGGUUCACAACGACAAUAUUGGCGGCCUGUCUGUGCGUGGCGUUAGUCAGUUCCGUGCCGGUGCCGAACGAAGGCUUCCAGUCACAGGCUCUCGAUCGGCUGAUGGUGGUCGAAGCGGACAACGAUGCCGCGCUGAGGAGCAAGAGGACGAUCGGCCUGCUGCGACAGCUUUUCCCCGACGUAACCAAGGACGUGAACCCAGAAGCCAGUGAGAACAACCAGGUGGUUAGCGAGGCUGAAUCUCAGAGCCAAGCCGAGUCGCAAAACAACGAAGUUCGCGUACAGUUCGCCGAUGAGACUCCCCAGAGCAACAACGAAGCCGGCGAGGGUGAGCUCGCGCCGCUGGAAGACGUCGAGGCCAGCGACGACGAGAAUCGUAACAAGAGGUUCCUCAACUUUGGUUUCGGAGCGUCUGGUGGUAACGGCGGUGCCGGUGGCGGCAGCGGAGGCGGUUCAGGAAACUUCCUCUUCGACAUCAUCAGGCAAGCAGCGGACGGCGCGGCAAGGGCGGCCGGCACGGUGUACCGCGUGGUGGCCGGCACGCAGAGUCUGGGGCUGGGCCUGAGCGCGUCGCGCGACGUCGGUCCGGCCCCCGCGGCGGCGCCCAUGAUGCCGGCUGGGGCACCGAUGAUGCCCGCGGCGCCAGCUGCCCCGGCAGCCCCUAUGAUGCCCCCAGGAAUGAUGCCGCCGCCUGGAAUGAUGAUGCCUGCGGGGAUGAACGGCACCGCCAUGAUGAUGCCACCGCUGGUAGCUGGUAGUGGAAGCAGCACGAGCGACCCUGCGGCUGGCGCUCCUACGCCUGGACCCCAAACAGAGGCUGUUCCUGGACCCGUCACCAGGCUCUUCGUCAUCGCAAACCGAGGAAUCUCCAACCUCAUCCAGGAUCUCAUUCUCCGCCUGGCAGCCACGAGCGAGCGCAUCGUCAACUUUAAGGCGCGAUUGAUCACCUCCAUCAUCUAGAGUCGAGCGACGAUGUCCCCGACAAUCGUAGUCAGCGCCCAGAUCAAGUCCACGCAAGCUAGGCGAAAAACUGGAAGAUCCACGAGAGAAAAAGCAAAUUAGCGAGGAGAGAAGAGUGUUUCCGAGCACACGACACGGGAGCAGCUAGACUCGAGUUUUUCAUGCUGAAAAAAGCGCGGGAGUCUCGUCUUCCUCAGAGAGUCACGAGGAGAGUGGACCACGGGAACGACGACAGCAACGUCGCGCGCGCGAGGAUCAUUUCUAAUUAUCGAUUAUUAAUUCUGCCACUACGUCUCCCCGGAUUCACGAGGUGGCGGCGCGACGUUGCUCCUUGUGCCCGCGAGAUCCAGUCGUGGAGAAUGUUUUGUUGUGAGAGAAAGAAUGUGUGUGAGAGAGAGAAAGAGAGAGAGAGAGAGAGAGAGAGAGAGAGAGUUAGCCGAGGACGAUGGAUCCUCGAGAACCUUUUUUUUCCUUUUCGUAAAUUAUAUUAUUAAUGCCCUAUGACUUAUUUUUUAUCGACUCCGUCCAAUUGUCUUUUACUCUUCUACCGUUACUAUGCUUCUUUUUUUCUGCCUCAUCGCGUGCAGUGGAGAUUGUUUUGUUAUACGAGCUUUUGAGAAAUUGUCGGGAAAACUGGAGCACGAUUUUUUUUCUAUUUUUGUACUCGGUUUUUCCUGACUGUGUUUGGUUUUUAUUUAUAUAUGUUAGCCUGUUUUCAAAAGAUAAUUUUUUUUAAUUGUUUUUAAAUUACGACGAAACGCGUGAUUGACAUUCUAUUUUUCCGAUUUCCGCAAAAUGAUUUCCACAGAACCAUCUAUGCCUAUACUUCUUCAGCUUUUUCCUCCUUGUAGUUCGUUGCAUACUCUUACAUAGAAAUCGGUCGAAUCGUUUGAGAAUUUGUAUUCUACUUUCUUUUACCUUUAAUUUCUUCUUCUACUCUAUUGCUUCGCCUCAUUUCUUAACUUGGUUUUAGCUCUUAAAGUUUCAAGCGAUUCGACAUAAGUAUCGUGAAAAAGAACCACGUUUCCGUAUGCAACGUCGUGAAUAUCUAAUAACUGCCUUCUUCUACUUUACAUAAUUAUAUAUUGAAUCGUGCGCGCAAAUGAAGCGCGAGAGAACUUGUAUAUAGUCCCGCUUUCGGAUGCAAACACAGUGCCAGGCGUUGAUUGUUUGUUAAACGAGACGCGUCGAAGACGAAUUUUUUUUUUUUGUCACAGACCUGUACAUCGUUAGAGAAUCAAUGCAUUUCAAAUGAAUAUCUACGGAGAAAGUCGUUUCGAAAUUGUAAUAUUUUAUGGAGUUACGCAGUUUUGUUUUAUGUAAUAUAAAUCUUAUUAAUUUUUAAUAAAAAAACUUGUACAAUAAUCAUUGUUAAAGUUUUUUCUCGCUCGAUAUGCUAUACACGGCCGAACAUUGUAUUUUAUACAUAAAAACCUCUCCGACACUUUACAUUCCUAAAACGCUGUUGAAAUGUCUUUAUCAGGAUAAGGAAAGCGCGUUUUGUUGUUGAACAGGAUUUUUCAUUUAUGUCUACAGCUGCCGACUAUAAACAAAUACUUGAAAACCACAAUUAGGAAUUAAAAGGGAUUAAAGGAUCGAUUGUCUGUAUAAUACGUGCUCAGACCUUGCCCAGAAAAGAAUGUUUAAGUUUGCUUAAUCCGCGAUUUAUUUUUUAUUGUAAAGUUCGCGAUAAAUCAUUGUAGUUAUUUUACUUUAUGUCCUUGUGUCCUGCGAAUCGACGGAUGGGAUUUUGCAUUAAUUGUGUUGGUUUGGAUGGAAUCGCAUGACAAAGGAUAAUCUUGUAUGAAAUGUUUCUUCAUGUACAUCGACUUUGUUAUUUUGUAGUGUAAAUAAAUUUUAUUAUAAUAAGAAUUUUAAUACUAGUUUUUAUUUAGAAUAUUGCUACAUGCAGAGAGAAUCUAAAUAUCCUUGUAUAAUUUUAUCAUAACUGUAUUCCUAUAAUUUGGAUUAUGCUUUAUCAAUUGCAAUACUUAUAUUUUUGUACAAAAGUAUUGACUUUAUACGUUUUUAUCAAAAUUCAUUAAUAUCGUAAAGAAUCAAAAAGAUAUAUUCAAUACUUAUUUAAAAGAAAUCAAUUCACAUAUUUAUAUCACAUAAAAAGUUCGAUAAUAUUUUAUUAUACUGCAAAAGUAUAGUUUCAAACUUACUCUAGACAGUGAUUACGGGUAAAUUUGAGUAUUAUUUACGAAUCGUAGAAUUUGUCUAUCAUUGUUACAAUUAUUAAAUUCGUUGUUAUAUUAUUCAUAGUCUUAUGGAUAUAUUAUCAACAAAUACGUAUAACACAUCGUUAUAUUUUUCAUUUCUGUGUUUGGUCAAUUAUUUGAUUAUAGUAAGAGCAACACUUUUCAAUUCCAUUUAUCGAAUCUCGCCAAAAAUUAUUUUAUUAUAUAUAUAUAUAUAUAUAUAGUGUUCUAUAUAUAAGCACACUAUAACAAUCGAGUAGAAAUU